GAGAGCUAUAAGUUUAUGCUAAGAGCUUGUCGCACUAUUCUGCAAUCCAACCUACAAUCAUUGAAAUGAACAACUUAUUAAAUUAAUUUGAUUUUCUAAUUGUGUUUCUAUUAAAUUAACAAAAUGGGUAUAUUGUUUGGGAAAACCAAGAAAAAAGAAACGCGUGUGACUGAACAAGAUAAAGCGAUUUUGCAACUAAAGCAACAACGUGACAAGUUGAAACAGUAUCAAAAAAGAAUUUUGACUACUUUGGAAUCAGAGAGAAAACUUGCGAAACAAUUGUUGCACGAUGGUCGUAAAGAGAAAGCAAAGUUACUUCUUCGAAAGAAGAGAUUCAUGGAGCAAAUGCUUACGAAAACUGAUGGACAACUCAUUAAUUUGGAGCAAAUGGCUCAUGACAUUGAAUUUGCUCAAAUUGAACAGAAAGUAAUAGAUGGUUUGAAAGUUGGCAAUGAGUCCUUGAAAUCACUUCAUCAAAUGCUUUCAAUUGACGAAAUAGAAAGGAUCAUGGAUGAAACACAUGAAGGCAUUGAGAAACAACAAGAAAUAGAUGAGCUCUUAGGUGGAAAACUCACAGAAGAAGAUGAAGAUGCUGUAUUAGAUGAAUUAGAGUCCCUUAUUGCAGAAAGCUUACCCACUCCACCUACUGCUGAUGAUAAGCAAAUACCUGCUGAAGAAGAAUUGGACUUGCCAGAUGUUCCUACAGAAGAUUUACCCGAACCAAAGAAAAAAGUGCCGAAAAUUGAAACUCGGACAUUAGUGGAAGCAUCAUGAUAAAAUGUGAAGUGCUUAAGUAAAAAUUGUUUGUGAGUGGAUGUAUGUACGGUUUAUAAACGUUGCUAUAAAAUUUUAUUUCUUUUAAUAAAAAUAUAAUUUUUUUUUUUAAAUCGAGAAUUUCAACUGUAAAAAUUUUGUAUGGUGAAAAAAUUUUUUGCCUUAUACUACUAAUUUUUUUUGAUUUAUUGAUCAGUAUUGAUAAUUAUGUACAUAUGUUUAUAUGUAAAUUUGAAUAAUAAAAUUUUUCAAAGUGUUA